AUGCAUUAUUCUAAAACCCUCCGCAUACUUUCUCUCCCACACCCUAAUGCGCUCAUACCAAGUCGCAACGCCUUUCUCUCUUUCAUAACAAGUACCGCCAUCUGGCUCUUGCUGUUUUCGUUUUCCCGUCAUGUUUAUUGGCGAGACCCACACUCCGCAUUCUUCGAUAGCACACAUGUCUAUGAGAGAGACUAUUCUGAUCGACGCCAAUCCUCGGGGUUAUCGUUUCUAGAUGGUCUGGUCGAAGGUAAUAAGACAUAUUUAUUCAGUAAUUCUACUUCGAAUCUUUCCGGAGACUCAGAUGGGGAUGGCGAUACAGAGGUUCCUGAUAUGUGUAUAGCAUAUGUAACCAUCAAGCGCGACAUGCAGGAUAGGAAUGAAGGAAGACAAUAUAUAGAUGCAGCACUAGGAACCAUGGUAGAUGGAUUGAGUGAGGAGGAAAGGAAGAGAGUGUGGAUUUAUGUGUUGUUUGCAGAUAUGGAUCCAACUGUUCAUCCGUUAUGGGAUGAAGAAUGGUUGUGGAGAGUAGUAGAUGAUUAUGGUGGAUAUGACGUUAGAGGGGAGAGGAGAGAGUGGCUGGAGGAAUUAAUGAAGCAGAAGGAAUGGCAGAUUAAAGGAGUUUUCGAUUACGUAUACGCGUUAAGCCGCUGCUAUGAUACCCACGCUCCUUACAUAGCAAUUAUGGAAGACGACAUUAUAUUCGCUCAUGACUGGUUCCAGCGCACCAUUUCUGCUCUCAAUAAAAUCGAGUCUCUCUCUCAAAAUCCUGGAGAUCAAUUUUACAAUUGGAUAUAUUUAAGACUUUUCUACACAGAAACAUUUCAAUCAUGGAAUGAGGAGGUAGAUUUCUGGUAUCGACAUAGAUAUUUUCUACUUUUUUUCGCUGCUCCUCUCUGUACAGUUAUCGCUCUGAUAUUCAUGCGAAGCAAAAUCGGCGAGAAAAGGAAAACAGGAGGUUGGCUGGAUAACUGGGUGAUCUUUGUUAUAGGAGUCGUGGUUGUACCAGCCUUCAUAACUCUGGGGUUUAUGGUUGGUAAACACAAUUUGCCAUGGUGGGGAUUCAGAGGGAAAUACGUGGUGAAGAUGAAUAGUGGAGGAUGCUGUACACAGGCUAUGGUUUUCCCAAGGGAGCAGGUGGAGGGAUUGAGUAGUUACUUGACGGGAAGAGGAAGUGGCCAGACGGAUUUAAUGAUUGAGGAUCUCGCGGAAAACCAGGGUAUGGAGAGACUGGCACUUGGGAAACAGGUCGUGCAACAUGUAGGAGCAAAGAGCUCGAGAGGUGAUAACCCAAUCAACGCUAUGAGUACUUGGGCAUUCCACUUUGAGGAAUACGACAAAGUUUCUGUGUUUAGAAACUCGGUGUAUGAAGAAUCUUGAUCUAAAGAUCUGUGAACUACCAGGCCAGUGACUAUCGGAUGAAUCUCCUCGCUGUUUCAUAUUUUCGGAAUAUGAAAACAAAUCACUGUUCUCGAAACCACGCUAGUAGGAUAUCAAAUACGAACCUGCCUCUUUCUAUUUCCAGUCUCUUAAUCAUCCAUUACAUAUAACAACUAUCCCACUGCAGGCAGCUUUGGGUCCUUCCCUCCAAGAGUUAAUGCUGCGUCUGCUCGAUGUUAAAGAGAAUGCUUUAUCGGCUAUGAUUGCCUUUAGGCACAAGUAUAACACGUGGUUAUCGUAGCGGGGAAGCUUACUAUCUGCGAGCUGACUGCCCUUUGGCAAUGAGACUUUUGGGGCCAAGUGAUUUUCAUUCAUCUAUGAGGAAUCAGGGCACGAAUAUUGGAGAAGCGAAGAGUAGGUUGUUCGGGAUACGAUGAACUGUCAGGAUUGUAUGAAUUCUUGUUGCCUUUUGGCAGAAGCGGUUAGGUAUCGAUGUGAUGAUCAGGUAAAAUUAGAGUAGGGAACGAAGAAGAGGAAGAGAAGAGAAGAGCAAUAAGAUCGAAAGACUUCAGUGGUUCGAAGCCAAAGAAGAGUGAUAAAUACGUUAGAUAGCCUAAUU